CCAAGUCCCCCAUCGUAUUCCAAUUCCGACUACUAUUCUACUUGUUAUGUAUGCAUCAGUUUCUUCCCAUUGAACAAAGUAAUUGUCCCCAAAAAACACUAGAGACCGAUGGAGUCUGGAUACAAGCAUUUCAGUCACACACACAACCUAAUGAUGCAUGAUAUACCAGAAGGUGCCGAUGUCUCUUGCUCCGGCUGCAACUCUUCAGCCACCAACACCGUAUAUGCUUGUUGGCACUGCAAUUUCUUCCUCCACGAGCAAUGUUUUCACGCAUCCCGUUCCCGGAAACAUCCAUCACACCCUCUUCACCCUCUCGCUUUGGUUCCUUACCCUACCUACCCUUCCAAUUCUUUCUAUUGCAAUUCCUGCAAAAUCAUUGGAACUGGCUUCUCCUAUUCAUGUCCAGAUUGUGAUUUUGAUCUCCAUGUCCAAUGUGCUUAUUCCAUAUCUGGUGCUACAAAUUUUCAUCAACCACAUCAGGUAAGUACUACUACUACUACUACUACUCCUCAUCCACAUAAUCUUUUUCAUCAGAACCAAGAAAUAGUGCCACCUGCACAUUUUCAUGUCCCAAAUUCUUCCAUGGUCCCUAAUUUUGCAGCCGUUUCGAUUCCGAUUCCCACGCAUAUUCCAACACCGAUUCCAGUUCAUGCUCAAUAUGCAACGACUGUUACCCACAACUCUUACAUGCCUCAAAAUGCUUCCCCGUUUCCUUUUCCUACUAGUGCUCAAAAUCCGCCGUUUCCUCUUCCUACUAGUGCUCAAAAUCCGAUUAUAAGUGCCCAAAAUGCUUAUACAUCUCAAAAUUUUACUAGUGCUCCCACAAGUGCCCAAAAUUCGACCAUACCUCAAUAUACAGCUUUUGCUUCUGUUCCAAAUAGUGCUCCAUUUGAACAGUCAUCUCCCCGUGUGGAAGCUGGUCAAAACAGAAAGAAAAUUCAAGGGACCAAACACUUUACCCACCCUCAUGAUUUAGUUUUGGUAAACUUAAAACAUGGAAAAAAGGAGAUAGCUUGCUCAGGAUGUCAAGAAACUCUGGUUGGCAUAGGUUAUUCAUGUGUUGAAGAAAAUUGUCACUUUCAACUUCAUGAAUCUUGCUUUCAUCUGGAGAGAGAGAUUUUACACGAAUCUCAUCCAGCUCAUCCUCUUGCCCUUCUCUCCACAUCGCCAUAUAGUAAGGAAAAUCGCACGUUUACUUGUGAUGCAUGCUUCAGAGAAGGUACUGGCUUUUUCUAUCACUGUUCGACAUGUGAACAUAAUCUACAUGUUAAGUGUGCAACGUUGAAGGACACAGUGAAGCGCAGUGAUCAUGUGCACGCUCUUAAGCUGUUUUAUGAGUGCCCAUUGAUGGGAGAUGAGUACACAUUCUAUUGUGAUGUGUGUAAUCUGGUUGUGCCUCUGGGUCACUGGACGUAUUACUGCCAAGAGUGUGACUUUGGUACUCAUUUGGAUUGUGUGGAUCGUGAAGAAGGUGAUGAGACGAGUGGGGAUCCUGUUUCUUGAUAUGGAUCGUUAAGAACAAACCUGCAGAGGCUUGAGGAAGCUGUGGAAACAAGUUAGAAAAUAUAUAUGAGAAUCGUGCAUAAUAUAUGUGUGAAAGAGUUUUGCUUUGGAAUAUUAUUUUUGUCUUCGUACAAACAAGGAUGGAUAAUCCUUUAAUUAUUGUAAUUUUAAUCAUUACAUAUUAGUUAUUAUUAGUCAUGUAUUAUUUA